UCAUUGCCAAAGAGUAAUCCAAGUACAAAGCAAAGAAACAGUAGCAGUCAACUGCAGGGGCGGACUGACAAUGCAUGGGGCCCCCGGGUAAUAGGGGAUCAUGGGGCCCCUGUGUCCUUGCCCAAACUCAAAAAAGCCUAUGAAAAGGUACCAGGGGCAUCUCAUGGGGCCCCCUACUGACCCCGGGCCCUCGGGCAGUGCCUGAGUUUCCAAAUGGUCAGUCCGCCCCUGGUCAACUGUACU